AUGUCUGAAAAAAAAAUUUUAUAUAGGAAAGGAGAAACAAAAGACUUUGAUACUUAUCAUGAGAAGAUCCGAGUAAAGAUUGAAGUGUUAAAUGAAGAUGUCGCGAGGGUUUUUCUUGUAGAUAAAAAUGAUAUUCCAAUUGACGAUUUGGAAAAUGUAGUUUUUAUGAAUGUAGCGACUAAAAAUGAAAUUACAACUGUACUCGUUGAGAAUAGAAAAAGUUAUCUCAUAACUUGGAUAAAUAGCUACGAGUUAUCUGUCGAUGGUAGGAGAAUUUUUAAGUUAAAACAACAGAAAGAGCAAAGUAUUGAGAUUAUACCAUUAUCAUUGGCCGGCUUUAUAAAAAAGAAAUGA